UACCGAAGUGUUAUGAGCGUCUGCAAGCGUGGUCUCGCGGGCGGGUGACGUCAUCGGGGCGAGAGAGGCGGGGCCGUGGACGGUGGGCGGGAGGCUGCCAACGGUUUUGAGCUUAGAGGGAGGUGCGAGACGGGGGAUCCCAGGGGAGGAGGCCAAUCGCUUGCUCCCCACUUUGGCAAAUUGGGGGCUGAGAACUGGAAGUGUGGAGAGCAGUCGGGACCAGGUGGUCGUCGGGGCAGAGGAUCUCAGGCUAGGUUUGAGGGCAGCGUGGUUUUUAAAGACGACUGAGGGCGUGACUCAGUGUUCACAAGAUUUCUUUUGGGGUGAUCGGGAGGGAGAGAGUCUAGGGAGCGAAGCUUGCUAUGGCUUUCUUGCUAGGAGGGGUCGGAAGGAAAGUACAAGGGAGCUGACCCUGGGUAGAACGGGUGAAGGGGUAGGGGAGCGUGAGGUUCCUGCCUCUCUUGAGAUUGGAGCCAGCUGAGGGACAAAUAGGGCAGCGGGACAGAAAUUGGGCCCCUAGGGGAUUUGGGUCCGUUUCCUUUGGGACGUUUUGGGUGUGAGAACUUAAGAACUCAGUUGACCGGGGAUAGCCUGUGCCGGAGUUGAUCUGCAGCUUCCAGCACUCGUAGUUGGGAAGAGGAGCUUCAGCAGUGCCGUUGUCCCGCAGUAGGUCGUCUGUCCGCACCCCCUCUGCGCCACACCCUCUUAACACUAUUCCCAGGAGCUGGGGAAAGGGAUGCUUUGGCCCAGUCCCAUGGCCCCUGGAGCUGGUGGAAACCUUUCCUCCAACCAGAAAGCCUCGAUACCCUUAAUUCACCAAGGAUCCUUGGCGUGGAGUCUUCCUCCCUUCUCCCAAAUCUUUCUCCGUGAACUUUUCCUCCUGGACUUUGCUAAAGCAGAACCUCCCAGCUCUCUGCUAUCUCCGGUCGUCUCUUCCCUGUGUUCAUGGCAACAUCAGCUGCCAGCACCAGUUCACCCGUCGGGGCGGAGGAUCUCCUGAGUGAUUCAUCAGAACCCCCUGGGCUCGACCAAGUGUCCUCCGAAGUGACCUCCCAGCUCUAUGCUUCUUUGCGCCUCAGCCGGCAGGCGGAGGCCACAGCCCGAGCCCAGCUGUAUUUACCCUCCACUUCCCCACCUCGUGAGGCGUUAGACGGCUUAGCCCAAGAAUUGAGUCGAAGCUUGUCAGUCGGAUUGGAAAACAACUUAAAGAAAAAGGAUGGUUCUAAGCAUAUCUUUGAGAUGGAAAGUGUUCGGGGUCAGCUCCAGACCAUGCUCCAAACCUCACGUGAUACAGCCUAUCGGGAUCCCCUCAUUCCUGGCACUGGCUCAGAGAGACGGGAGGAGGACUCCUUUGACAGUGAUAGCACAGCCACCUUGCUCAACACCCGGCCCCUGCAAGACUUGUCUCCAUCUAGCUCAGCCCACGCCCUGGAGGAACUGUUUCCCCGCUAUACCAGCCUUCGGCCAGGGCCUCCACUCAAUCCCCCAGAUUGUCAGGGGCUGAGAGAUGCAUUGGAUUCAGAGCAUACCCGCCGCAAGCAUUGUGAGCGCCAUAUUCAGAGCCUGCAGACCCGAGUGUUGGAGCUACAGCAGCAAUUAGCCGUGGCUGUGGCUGCCGACCGCAAGAAAGAUAUCAUGAUUGAACAACUGGACAAGACCCUGGCCCGUGUGGUGGAGGGCUGGAACCGGCAUGAGGCUGAGCGGACAGAGGUUCUCAGGGGACUUCAAGAGGAACGCCAGGCGGCAGAGCUCACCAGAAGCAAGCAGCAGGAGACAGUAACCCGCCUGGAACAAAGCCUUUCUGAGGCCAUGGAGGCCCUGAAUCGUGAGCAGGAAAGUGCCAGACUGCAACAACGGGAAAGAGAGACAUUGGAAGAGGAAAGGCAAGCUCUGACCCUGAGCUUAGAGGUAGAGCAGCAGCGGUGCUGUGCCCUGCAGGAAGAGCGGGAUGCAGCUCGGGCUGGGCAGCUGAGUGAGCAUCGAGCAUUGGAGGCUCUUCAGGCUGCCCUAGAAGAAGAACGACAGACUUGGGCCCAGCAAGAGCUCCAGCUUAAGGAACACUACCAGGCACUGCAGGUGGAGAGCCAGGCUCAGCUGGAAAGAGAGAAGGAGAAGGGUCAGAGGGAAGCCCAGGCAGCCCGGGAGGCCCAGCACCAGCUGGCAUUGGUGCAGUCUGAGGUGCAGCGGUUGGAAGGAGAGCUGGACACGGCUCGGAGAGAGAGAGAUGCCCUGCAGCUGGAAAUGAGCUUGGUGCAGGCCCGGUAUGAAAGCCAGCGGAUCCAGAUGGAGUCGGAGCUGGCUGUGCAGCUGGAGCAGCGGGUGACAGAGCGGCUGGCGCAGGCGCAGGAGAGCAGCCUACGGCAAGCAGCCUCCCUGAGGGAACAGCACAGGAAGCAGCUGCAGGACCUCAGUGGACAGCACCAGCAGGAGCUGGCCGGUCAACUGGCUCAGUUCAAGGUGGAAAUGGCAGAACGAGAGGAACGGCAGCAGCAGGUGGCUGAGGACUACGAGCUCAGACUGGCCCGCGAGCAAGCACGAGUGCGUGAACUUCAGAGUGGGAACCAACAGCUGGAGGAGCAGCGGGCGGAGCUGGUGGAACGACUGCAGGCCAUGCUGCAGGCCCACUGGGAUGAGGCCACUCAGCUGCUCAGCACCACUCUCCCGCCACCCAACCCACCAGUUCCUCCUGCUAGACCUUCCAGCCCCGGGCCUCAAGAGCCAGAGAAGGAAGAGAGGAGGGUCUGGACUGUGCCUCCUGUGGCCGUGGCCCUGAAGCCUGUAUUGCAGCAGAGUCGGGAAACAAGGGACGAGCUACCUGGAGUGCCUCCUGUUCUUUGUAGUUCAUCCUCAGAUCUCAGCCUCCUGUUGGGCCCCUCUUUUCAGAGCCAGCAUUCUUUCCAACCCCUGGAACCCAAACCAGAUGUCACUUCAUCCACAGCUGGGGCCUUCUCUGCACUCGGGGCCUUCCAUCCGGAUCAUAGGGCAGAACGGCCAUUCCCUGAGGAAGAUCCUGGACCUGACGGGGAAAACCUCGUAAAGCAAGGGCUACCACCUGCGCAACUGGAGGGCCUCAAGAAUUUCUUGCACCAGUUGCUGGAGACAGUGCCCCAGAACAAUGAGAACCCUUCUGUCGACCUGUUGCCGCCUAAGUCUGGUGGAGAUGGGCUCACAUUUCCAAGGCAGCUGAUGGAGGUGUCUCAACUGUUGCGACUCUACCAGGCUCGGGGCUGGGGGGCUCUGCCUGCUGAGGAUCUGCUGCUCUACCUGAAGAGGCUGGAACACAGCGGGACUGAUGGCCGAGGGGAUAAUGGCCCCAGAAGGAACACAGACUCCCGCUUGGGUGAGAUCCCCCGGAAAGAGAUUCCCUCCCAGGCUGUCCCUCGUCGCCUUGCUACAGCCUCCAAGACUGAAAAACCUCCCGCACGGAAGAAAAGUGGGCACCCUGCCCCAGGUAGCAUGAGGAGCCGGGGGGGAGUCUGGAGAUGAGCCCCCUACCCUCUCUCCUCUUCUUUGUUCUCUUGUUGUUAUUUUAAUAAAUGCUCAGUAGUCUGUAUCAGAGUCUCUGGCUCAUAGGAAUUUGGAAAAUGGAGGUUUUGUAGGAAAUCAUUUGUAAAGAAACCACAUUUGGUUUAAGUACUUUUUUUUAUAUGUUAUGUGUUUAUACGUCAUUUCUGUGGUAAAAGACAUGAAUGCUUUGGAAGAUGGUUUAUGACAAGAUUUUGGAAGUUGGAGCAGCUGAGAUUCAGUGAGUAAAGGCUAAAACCUCAGAGCAGUGCGCUCUGGUUGGUAGUGGAAUUAUGGGUGAUUCUUAGUUUUUUAAUAUAUUUCUGUAUUUUCCAAAUUU